GCUUGAGUUCAACUAGUUGGCGUGGCUUUUUUCUCCUAUCAAGGUCCUGUCUGCAACCAACCUGUUGUUUGCAGGAUUUGGGCUUUGAUUAGACCUUUUCCAAUUUUGCUUUAAAAAAAAAAACAAAGAAGAUAAAACCACGAUGGCUGCUCAUAGUUAUAGCUUGUUUCUCUUAAUUUCCUUGUCUUUUGUUGUCCAAAUCCCAACCCCUCAAGCUCACAUUGCUGAAUAUGACGAUUAUUGGAAGGCACGGAAAUUGGAAGCCAUUGAGAACCUGAACAAGGCUUAUCACCCCAAUCCUGAGGAGGUGGUCCACCAUUACAAUGACCAAUUUGCCAAAACCAUGAUUAAGCUUAAUAGCACCAGAAGGGAGUUGAAGGGAACGAAAGAAAAUGGUCCAUGUGAAAUAACCAACCCCGUUGAUAGCUGCUGGCGGUGUGAUCCUAACUGGGAAAAAAACAGGAAGAGGCUGGCCGAUUGUGCCCCUGGAUUUGCUCGUGGUACUACCGGUGGAAAGGAGGGUGAGUUUUACGUGGUCACUGACCCUUCUGAUGAUAUUCUUAACCCCAAACCUGGAACUCUGCGUCAUGCUGUCAUCCAAAGAAGACCACUUUGGAUCACUUUCAAAGGAUCCAUGAUCAUCACCCUGGAACAGGAGCUCAUUAUUACAAGCAACAAGACCAUUGAUGCUAGGGGAGCCAAUGUGCAGAUUGCUAAGGGUGCUGGUAUUACGGUCCAGUUUGUCAAGAACGUCAUUAUCCAUGGCCUCCAUAUCCAUCACAUUAUUACCGGCACUGGUGGCACCAUCAGGGAUGCUGAAGACCACUUCGGGUUAAGGACUGCCAGCGACGGAGAUGGGAUCUCUCUGUUCGGAGCAACCAAUAUUUGGCUCGACCAUCUUUCGGUUACCAAUUGCUCCGAUGGUCUUAUCGAUGUUAUUCAGGGUUCCACUGCCGUUACCAUUUCCAACUGCCAUUUCACUGACCACAAUGAGGUGUUGUUGUUCGGAGCAAGCGACUCCUACACUGAGGACCAGAAGAUGCAGAUAACCGUCGCUUUGAACCACUUCGGUAAAGGAUUGGUAGAGAGGAUGCCUAGGUGCCGACACGGUUUUAUCCAUGUCGUCAACAACGACUACACUCACUGGCUCAUGUAUGCAAUUGGCGGCAGCCGCAAUCCUACAAUUAUCAGCCAGGGCAACAGGUAUACCGCGUCAUCCACCUUCGCGUCUAGGGAGGUGACCAAAAGGGUGUUCGCACCACCCGAAGUCUGGAAGAAAUGGAACUGGAUAUCAGAGGGUGACCAUUUCGAGAACGGUGCCUUUUUUGUUUCAUCCGGUGAUCCCAAAGCCAGCAAGAAAUACGGUACCAACAAAAUGAUGCCUUUCAAUCCCGGUGAGAUGGCCCCCAAACUCACCAAGUAUGCCGGAACACUCAACUGCAAACCCGGCAAGCCUUGCUAAAAGCACUGUGAUAAGCAUGCGUCCUUUCUUUGUUAUGUACAACAUUUGAUAUCCACAAGCCCAGAUCCACCGAUUUUCUCCAUCGACAUUAUUUUUUAAUUUUUUAAUUAUUUGGUUUUGGGUUUCAAGUGUACUAUGAGGCAAGUCCUUCAAUCCUUAUUUCUAUUAAUUCCAGUUUUGUUCAC